AUGACGGGGACGAGCAGCACGUCUCUAAGCAGUACGACGCAGAGUAGCACAACGUCUGUGAGUAGCACAACGUGGACCAGCAGCGCGUCUUUGAGCAGCACAACUGGAACCAGCAGCAGCACUCUGACUUCCAGCAGUGCCACCAGCAGCGUAACAAGCAGCACCGUAAGCACUACAACUGCGAGCAGCACCACGUCUGGGAGCAGCACCACGACACUGACCUCCACGAGCGCGACCAGCAGCAGCACGCUGAGCAGCAGGACCCACACCAGCAGCACGACCUCCACGCGCACGACGGAGUCGAGCUCGACUUUGAGCAGCACCACGGGGAGCGGCACCACGCGGAGCAGCUCUACCACCCUCAGCACCUCCACAGUCUCGAGCAGUACGAUGUCGAGCACUUCGACGCAAUCUUCCACCUCUUCGGUCUCGUCCACAACAGUGUCCAGCACCAACAGCGUGUCGAGCACCACGCUCUCAAGCACAUCGGGGACCAGCUCUAGUCUCACAUCGGGGACAAGCACCUCCACAACGACUGUGCAAGUUGUUAACACGAUUAGCGGAUCGAUGAAUUUGGUGGUCUCCGACCCCGUGGCCUUCGUGAGCGAUGCCACCGCCGUGGUGGCCGUGACGGACAGCAUAGCCAGCCUAGUGGGCGUGGAGGCGAGCCAGGUGUCUGUGACCCUGAGCAUCAGCAGGCGCCUUGCGACACCGAGCCACCAGGCGGUAGCCCAGCAGGGGACACCUGCCUCUCCUGAUGGGCAACGCGCCAAGGCGCCAGUGUCGUCUUGGGCGAGGGCGCGAAGGCUGUCCUCCGUGCAGGUGAGCUACAGCAUCACGACCGUCGGUGGACCGGGCACCAGUGCUGGUACCAACUCGGACAUCCUCUCUGCGCUGACUGAUCCGGAUGCCGCGUCGGCCAUGCAGGAUUUGACAACGACUAAUCUAGAGCGCCAGGGCGCGAGCUACACCGUGACUGUGGACAGCCUCAGCACGCCCGAGAUCGACAGCGUCACGCUUACGAUGACGUCGACAACCACGACGCUCAGCAUCACCAGCACAAUGAGCGCAUCAAGUUCAUCGGCCACUUGGACCACUACCACCAGCAUCAGCACGUGGAGCACUUCCACAACUUCCCUCACCACGUCCACUACCACCACCACCUCCACCACAACUUCUACCACCACGUCCACUUCCAGUACGACUUCGACUACCACCACAAUAGGCGCCGUGUCCCUCGUCGCGCUCCCUGCCGAGCUGACCUCCUGCAACUCGCUGGUCGUGCAUGCUGCGGUGCCGGACGACACCACCGAGCUGACGUGGUCGUGUGAGCCCGCCGAGUCGCAGCUGUGCGCGGCAAUCCUGUCCGUGGCUGCAGAGGGCGCGGCAGUGGCCACGCUCCAGGUUUCCAGUGAUCUUGUCUCUGGCGCGGCAGCAGUGGACGUAGCAUAUGCGUCCCCGAUGCCUGUGACGCUGCACGUGCACGGCGUGAACCAGUAUGGAGACCAGUCGCUGGGGUCCGUCACCUUCACGUUCGACGUCUUCGCGGCCGGCUCCAUGUCCCUCGUGAAGACCGCAAGCACCGCAGAGUAUACUCUACUGGACGACUACGUGCGCCUCGGCACCAACGUCAUCCUCUGCGACGGCGCUGCAGCUGGAGGGAUCAUCGGCGUCGCCUGGAGCUGGAGGCCCGCAAUGGCCGUCGGUGAGGCGCUGUGGACCAGCUGGACCAACGCCGUGGGCGUCCCACGCACGUCCUUCAGGAUGCCGAUCGCCGAGCUUGGCGGCGCCACCGGAGACUACGAGGUGAAGGCCUCCAUCGUCGGGUCCGAGGACGUGGACGUCAUCUUCGCCGUGACCGUGGCGGGCAUCCCGCCACCCGACGCCCGCCUGGCGCUUCCGGCCAGGGCGUCGCAGGACUGCGACUUCCCGAUCGACGCCUCGAGCUCGUCGGACCCCAGCGGGUCGGACCUGCUCUUCGCCUGGGCCUGCGACUCCGACAGCUCCUCCCAGCUCGGUGCCUCGGCCGAGGCGGCUGCUGCGUGCAGCGCGCUCGUGGCGGGCGAGACGGGUCCUGCCGUCACCGUCGCCGGCGGGAGGCUGCCCGCGGGCGCCUACCGCCUCACGGUCACCGUCUCCCGGGCGGACGCCAACUCGACCACACACGGCAGCGUGCUGGUCACGGGCUCGGUGCAGCCCGUGGUCUCCUUCGGCGAGCUGGGCGCGGAGGUGUCCCCGCAGCAGCCGCUGACGCUCUCUGCGGCCAUCGCCGAGUCUGCCAGCUGCGUUUCGCCCGCCUGGAAGGCCUGGUGGCUCCUGACGCCCGGUGGUAGCGCCACGCAGCUGGCGGCGCCCGCGGCGACCAGUCUUGCGCUUCUGUCGGUCCCCUCGCUGUCCGCUGCACCCGGCACCUAUCAGCUGCGGCUGGUGCUGUCCGAUUCGGAGCACACAGGUUUCACAGAGGAUACCAGCACCGGAAUCUAUGUCUUCGAUUCAGUUUUUUUCCUGAUCGACGAGCCGCCCACCGGUGGCUCGUGCCAGGUGUUCCCGAGCGGUGCCAGCGCCGCGCUGACGUCGCUGACGUUCUCCUCGUCGAAUUGGCUAGACGACGAUCUGCCCCUGCUCCACAGGUUCUCCAAAUGUUCGGGAACCCUCGGCGACGAGUGCGGCUCGUGGUCCACAGUCAGCGCCUACGCGCAGAGCCAGACCAUGCAGAACGUCCUGCUGUCCACGCCCGGGGCGGUGCUGAUCCGGGCGGACGCCAAAGACACGCUCGGCUCGUCCAGCGCGGCAGUCACCGAGGUGGAGGUCACGGAGCUGGCAGAAGCCGUCAGCGACGACGCUCUGCUCGGUGUGAUGGCGGCGGUGGCCAGCUUUGGCGACCCGUUCGCGACCCUGGCGGCCUUGUCGGCAGUGGCGGACAGCUCCAGUGGUGGGAACCAGGAGUUCUCUGGCAAACUGCUGGACACCAUGUCGGAUAGCGGUGCCCUCUCGGAGCUGGAUCCCGAAGGCAUCGAAGCCACCUCGAGCGUGCUUGCAAGCAUCGUGACCUCGGCUUCCAUUGUGCAGUCCACGGGCUCGGGCGAUGGCGCGAACAAUACCGCGCAGGAUGUUGUCAUGGAGAUGGAGGUCGCGGCGAAGGCGGCGAGCAUGGUCAACGACAUCGCGGUGGCGGCGAAGAGCUUGGACGAAGGCAUGCAGGUGGGGACCGCCACGCUGCUGAUAAGCUCGGUGGCCACGCUGCUGAAGACCGCCACGGCCCCAGGAGGCGGCGCUCGUUCGGGCGAGCAAGCGGCACAGCAGAGGGCCCUCAGCGGCCAGCUGCAGCAGGCCGUCGAGGCCAUCGGCGACGCCGUCAUCCAGGCCACCCCGCUCGGCGAGACGGUCACGAUGAACGCGAGCGCAGGCCUGCAGCUGGACGUCAGGAAAGUGUCCAGCGACGAGCUGGCGGCCCAGGGCGCCAGCCUGGGCGGGUUCGUGCUCCCGGCGAUGCCUGGGCUCGCCGCGGAUCGUCGGCUGGUGCCCGGGCGCGCACUCGCGGCUGGGGCGACGAUGGGCCUGCAGUCUGCGAAGUGGGCCACGAACCCCUUCUCGUACGCAGGCUCCACCGCAGCAGCACCAGAGCCAAGCGCUGGGGUGGCGAGCGACCUCAGCAUCGCGACGGAAGGCGUGCGGUCCUUUAGCAUCCGGCGGAACGGGGAGGAGGUGGCGGUGAGGGAUCUGGAGGACCCCAUCAUCCUCGAGCUUCCACGGCAUCCGAGCGCCGAGCGCCGGAGGCUUUCGGCGCACAGAAGGCUGAGCGGAGGCCAGGGAGAUACCGUCGCGGAGCAGGUGGAGGAGUGCAUGUACGGUGACGGAUUUCAACCACACGAGUGA